AUGUACUUUACGCACCAAAAAGCACAAACAAACGGAAGCGGAUCACAAUCACCGUUCUCACCUGGACCUCAACCACCUAACGCACAGCGUCCUCUAAGCAGAACCGACAGCAGAACAAACUUCCCGUAUCGUCCUCCAUUUCCCAAUCAGCCACCUCCAGGAGGCAUCCAGCCAAGACCCCAACAAGCGAGACCACCGGGUCCACAACAGUUCCCUUCAAGAAACCCAGUGCCACCACCAGGACAACGUCCAAUUGGCCCUCCAGGUGUCCCAUCAGGAAUUCCCCCAGGUCAACCGUUUCCAGGAAGCCAGCAAAGAGCUAACUUCAGGCCACUGUCGCCUUUUCCAAGACCUGGAGUUCCGAAUCAAAGGCCUCCUGGGAUAUUUCAACAAAGAUCUGUACCAUCUUUUGGUGCUGUAAGACCACAAAUACCCGAGGAAGGUAUUAUCCGAAGUCAAACUCUGGAUUCAUCAGAGAAUGAGCCUUCUAGGAACGAUGAAAUCAAGAAUAUGCCACAGGAAUAUAUUAAAGCGCCCUCCAUAGCUGCUAUGAACAACAGAAGUUAUAGUUUGAGCUCGAAUGCGCCGCCAGAUAUAUCCAUUGAUUCAAAGGAAGAAGCCAGAAGAAAAUCAGUCAGUAGCGUUGAUAGUUAUGGAGAAGGACGACCAACGUCUAGGCCAUCAUCAAGGCAAGAUUCUACUGGAGGCUCUACAGAGAACUUGGACAAAAAAGAAGACAUUCCAUCCAGACCUGAAUCUCGAUCAACAUCAAGAAUGAAUAAAAUAGUAGAAGAUGAAGAUAGAUCUAGUUCUCUGACUGACGUUUCUCAAAAAAGUGUAGAAUUUACUCCAAACGGGAGCUUGGAUGUAGUAAGUAAGUCAGAUGGCACACCAAUACCGAAAACUCCAGAUUUAAGCCGCAAACCUCCUAGUGGAAGUCAUCUAGCUAAUGGUACUAAAGAUGCACCUACAAGGAACGAUAAAUACUUAGAUUUGGAUAAGUCGCCAAGAGUGAGAUCUUCCAAAAAAUCAGAAGGAGACAAUGACAGUGGGGUUGAUGAAUCUACCCAAGGAAAUGAACUGUCAAGUAACGGUGACAACAGAUCUCCGAGGAAGAGCUCAAAGUCUAGGACAUCAUCAUCCACGCCUGUAACUAGGUCUUUAUCCAGAGGAUCCAAAUCUCCUAGUCUAAAAAGUCCAGAUUCAAAUGCAACCACUCCAGGUUCAAUUACAGAAAAGAAAAAAAUUCCAAUGAAUAAAGUACAAGUGGGACAUGCCCCAUCGCCAAAUUUGAAAGUAGUUAAAUCGAAAAUCGGUUCCUUGGACAACGCAAGUUAUAAGCCCGGUGGUGGACACGUAAAAAUAGAAAAUAAAAAGAUAGAGAUUAAGGCUACGCCUAGGAUAGAAGCCAAAAAUGAUAAAUAUGUGCCUAAAGGUGGCGAAAAGAAGAUAGUUCACCAAAAAUUGCAAUGGAACGCAAAAUCAAAAAUAGGUUCGUUCGAAAACACCACGCAUAAGCCUAAAGGUGGAGACAAAAAAAUCGAAACGAUCAAAUUGGACUUCAAGGAUAAGGCCAAGCCAAAAGUGGGAUCGAAAGACAACAUCAAACAUGUACCAGGAGGGGGAGAUGUAAAGAUUGAAACCAGGAAGAUCGACGUGAAAGUAAACAGUAAGAUUGGAUCGCUUGAUAACGUAAAAUACAAGCCUGGAGGUGGAGAUAAGAAAAUUUUUGAUGAUAAGGAAUAUUUAAGACAGAUGUCAGCAGUAUCGAGUAUUGAACAUUCUCUGUCCACGUCCCAAAUAGGUAAGCAAUUGCUCAAUAACAUAUUAAUAUUAUUUAUCACCAAAAAUGUUUAUCUUUUACCUUUGCCAAACUUAUGCCAGCUAAAAAUCGAUGUAACAGAAAUUCAAAAACCACUUGUAGACUCUUCGUGGAAGAUAAAGAAACCUCAUACAUCACUAUCGUUCUGCAAUUAUCGUGACUGUCCAAUCAAUUAA